AUGAAACAGAACAGCGCUGGUUCUACUUGGGAGGUGGAGGUGAACAUGGUGGUUUUAGACAAGUACCUGGGCAUCCCCAAACCUUUCGGGCCCAUAAUCAAUGGCGGCUGCUGCCUGGAGGAGAAGGUACGGUCCCUUUUGGAGCCUCUGGGCCUCUGCUGUAUCUUCAUCGAUGACUACUUGUCCUACCACAAGCUGCUUGGAGAGAUCCACUGCGGCACCAACGUGCGCCGGAAGCCCUUUCCCUUCAAGUGGUGGCACGUGGUGCCCUGA